AUGUUUCGGCGACUCCUGACGCUCGCACUGAUCGAGGUCCUGUGCUCCGGAGCUCGGUGCUUCCACAUUCGAUACAUAAUCGAAAGUAAAAGAAGUCAAUUGGAUCCGGAAAUAUUCCUGAACACCACUGAGAUCCUACAGAAAUAUAACUACCAACCGGAGACGCACUACGUGUACACGGAGGACGGAUUCGAGUUGAAAUUGUUUCGGGUGCGGAGAAGCGGCCCACCCGUCGUGCUGGUGCACGGCAUAGGCGACAGCUCCGACGGCUGGGUCGUAGCGGGCCCCAAAUACUCCCUGGCUUUCCUCCUGGCGGACGCCGGCUACGACGUUUGGCUGUUCAACUGCCGAGGCAACAGAUACAGCAGGGGCCACACCCGAGAUAUUCCAAAGGAGGAAUACUGGGACUUCAGCUUCGAAGAAAUCGGAGCCCUGGACCUUCCCGCGACGGUGGACUACGUGCUGUCCGCGACCCGCAGCCCCAAGUUGACGUACGUCGGCUACUCGCAGGGGUCCACGACGUUCUUGGUCCUGUGCAGCCUCCGACCGGAGUACAAUCGUAAAAUAGAUCAGGCCGUUCUGCUCGCCCCCGUGGCUUGGCUGGUCAAUAUAAAACACCCGCUCGUGGGUGUCGUUUCCAGGAAUAUUGACGCGCUGAGCUCGUUUUUUAAGCAGAAAAAGAUAUACGAGCUGGCCAACAGAGGGGAGCUGAAUCAACUGUAUCACGCCGAGGUGUGCAACGUAUCGUCGCCGCUCAACACGCUGUGUCUCCUGGAAAUCAGCCUUAUUUUUGGGCUGAACUCCCUCACGGAUUUGGUGAGCGACAGACUGCCGAUAAUCACGACGCACACGGCGGCGGGCUUCUCUACCAAAACCCUCCUCCAUUUCGUCCAAGCUGUCAACAGCAAGCGGUUCUGUAGGUUCGAUUAUGGCGAAGCUCUGAACUUGCGGAGGUAUUCCUCGCCGAAACCACCGGAUUAUGACGUCUCCCGCGUGACUGUUCCCAUGACAAUGUUCGUGAGUGAAUCGGACUGGUUUGCCUCCCCGGAGGACGUGAAAAUAUUAAGAAACCGCGUAAGAGGUAAAGUGAGGUAUAUCCCGAUAGAUAAAUCCCUGAAGUUUACUCACUUGGAGUUUAUAUUUGGAUCGCGUAUGAAUGAUAUUGUAAACGGACCUGUUUUGGAAAUACUUAACACUUUAAGGUAG